AUGGCCUACUCACCCUCUCCAGCGUCUCCCUUGGCUGGUCCAGACGGAGCCGCAUACUCCCACCGUCGGUCGCCCACUCCUCCUACACAACCAAUGUCGAAGCGAGACAAGCGCAGGAGUCAGCAUGUCGCGCAGCAGCAAGAGCUACACAAUGAGUUGAAUAGCAAUCGUGAACAGCACUACCGAGAACAGCUCAUUGCUCUGCAGCAUGACAUGAGCCUCAUUUCCCAAGCCGAUCCCUAUGAACCCGAGCCUCUGGAAGAUUCACCGGAAGAGGUGGCUAGGAUUGCUGAGCUGGCAGCUUCAGGUACACCGUAUCAGUCUCAGAUGUCUUCAUUGGCAGGAAAAUGGUACGCGGAAUUUGUACACGAGAUCAACGAUGCGAAGGAGGCCAAAGAACUAGCUCUCAUACAACUUAUGAACAAUCACAAUGCCCGUCUUGAGAGACUGAAAUACGAAUGUGAUUACCGUCUGCACCUUGCUGCGGAAGAAUGCGAACACAUGACCUCGACACUGCGAGAACGAUUGUUUCAAGCUCUUUCUAGCAAAAGACAACGGCUGAUGAAAGAGAAGGAACAACUUGAUAUUGCGGACACCAAUGCACUCCUCCUUCAUCCCAGUCAGUUCAGUAUCACCAACCCAGCGAGUCCUGGGGGCCACCACACGAGUCGCAAGACACGCUUUACCAGGCACCGUGAGCAAGAGGACAUGAACGGGGUUGCAGACGUUACAAACAAGCGUAAGCGCAAGCUUGUGGAUGAUGAUGUCGGUUCCCCGUCACGAAACGGCAUUUCGACGCCGGGAGACCGCAGUCGUGCAGCAUUGGCAAGUCAAACUGCACCCUUGUACUCUAUCCACUCACUCUUCACCGACAAAGAACUCAACUUCCAAUCGCACCAAGCACAAAUUGCAGCCCGUCAUUUCUUCUCGACCUCACGGAAGGAAGGUGAAACCAGCAACACGAGAAGGCGCCAAAAAGUCGACGAUGACCACGGAUCUGCUGACUCGGGGUCUGAAGAGGACGAAGAACUUGAAGCUCCUGAGAUGGAUCGUUCUGCCAGUCAGACUGUGCAUGUCACAAGGUCUACCCGAACGAUAGGUGCGAUGAAUGGGCUCAAUGCUCUGAGUGACCUGGCCGAGAAAGCGGCGACACGUCCCGCACUCCCAUACGCGACAUUGCACACCCAUCAAGGACGUCAAGGGACAUUCCUACCUCAACCUAGCCGGUUGAUGGCCGAAGAGCUUGAGGAGGAUUUGUUGAAAAUUGCUCAAAUUGAGAGUCAACCCAAAGGCCAGAUGGACAAGAGGGCCGUUGAGGAUGCGCUCAAGCCCUUGUCAGAGUCACGAAGCAACUUGGCACCAGAUUGGCCCGUGUAUCUCGAUAUUCACCUGGUGGAUGUGGAUCCGAGGAAAACUGCAGGGGUACCGUGA